CCGCCGGCGCUGGGAGGGGGGUGGGGUGGGACGGCACGCAGCCUCCGGUGCUGGCACGAGGAGCCGGGGCCGCGCGGUGCCUCGCGUCCUUCUGCAGCCGUCUGCAUAUUUUCUAAUUUCUUUUUCUCAAUUUUGAACAUUCUACAAGACGAGGGGUUCGAGGCAGGUGAGAGCAUCCUGCACAUCGCGGAGGAGCUGCGCGCUCUCCCGGGACCGUCUGCACUGGGAACCCGAAAGUUUUUGUUUCUGAUUUCUUAUGCAGAUGUAUUUACAAAGAUACAAGUGAUUUUUUUCCUCCCUCGUCUCCACCUCCUUUGAAAGCGAGUACUUUUGGCAAAGGAAGGAGGAAAAAGCUCUGCAACAUUUUAGGGGAAGGUUAAGGUGGGGUUUUUUUGAGAAAAAAUAUUGAGUGCAUCGCGAUGGAGAAAAUGUCCCGACCGCUCCCCCUGAAUCCCACCUUUAUCCCACCUCCCUACGGCGUGCUCAGGUCCUUGCUGGAGAACCCGCUGAAGCUCCCACUUCACCACGAAGACGCAUUUAGUAAAGAUAAAGACAAGGAAAAGAAGCUGGAUGAUGACAGUAAUAGCUCGACGGUACCCCAGUCGGCAUUUUUGGGACCCACCUUAUGGGACAAAACACUUCCCUAUGAUGGAGAUACUUUCCAGUUGGAAUACAUGGACCUGGAGGAGUUUUUGUCGGAAAAUGGCAUUCCCCCCAGCCCGUCCCAGCAUGACCACAGCCCUCACCCCCCCGGGCUGCAGCCGGCUUCCUCAGCUGCCCCCUCCGUCAUGGACCUCAGCAGUCGGUCCUCUGUACCCAUUCACGCAGGCAUCCCAUCCCCGAACUGUAUGCAGAGCCCCAUCAGACCAGGUCAGCUGUUGCCCGCAAACCGCAAUACCCCGAGUCCCAUCGAUCCUGACACCAUCCAGGUCCCGGUGGGUUACGAGCCAGACCCAGCAGACCUCGCCCUCUCCAGCAUUCCUGGCCAGGAAAUGUUUGACCCUCGCAAACGCAAGUUCUCCGAGGAAGAACUGAAGCCGCAGCCCAUGAUUAAGAAAGCCCGCAAAGUCUUCAUCCCUGAUGAUCUGAAGCAGGAUGACAAGUACUGGGCCCGGCGCAGGAAGAACAACAUGGCGGCCAAGCGCUCGCGCGACGCGCGGCGGCUGAAGGAGAACCAGAUCGCCAUCCGCGCGUCCUUCCUGGAGAAGGAGAACUCGGCGCUGCGCCAGGAGGUGGCCGACCUGCGCAAGGAGCUGGGCAAGUGCAAGAACGUACUCGCCAAGUACGAGGCCAGGCACGGGCCCCUGUAGGACAGCAUUUUGAGGGCUGGCUUUGGAGUAGAGGGACAGCUCGUUUCCCGUCUGAUGGCGCUGCACCGACCCAGCCUCGGUGACAUCAGCACGUUACCAGAGGCGGAAGCACGACUGAGUCACGUUUGGGUGUUGCGUGCAACGCUGGGCUUGUGCCCCUGGGUGGGGUCAGCAGUGCACACCGCGGCCCUUUGCCGUUUUAAGACAGUCCUCUCGUCAUCUUUCAGUUCCAGAAAAGAAAGGUGCCUCGUUUCUGCUGGACUGUGGAGACCUCUCCUGGGUUUUCCUGCCCCGCCCUCCUCCCCUCCUGCCCUUUGGGCGAGGCUUCCUGUGCGCUCUCCCCUACUCUGCCUGGGCCCGCUGCUUGGGUGCCUAAGAAGGGCCCUGGUAAAAUAGUAGAUCUCGGUUUUCAAGAUUGCCAGCUCUUGUUUCUGUUAAUCUGUAAGUUAACCAUGCUAAUAAGGUGCACAGAAUAACUUAGCACUACACUGCAGCUCUCUCUAUUCAGUUAUAGGUUGCUUUCCUCAGAUUUUCAGUUUUGGUGAUAAUCGUUUUCAGAUUUAAAGUGCUGUUUAGAUUUAUCAGAUCCCAUAUUUACUUACUGCUAUCUACUAAGUUUCCUUUUAAUUCUGCCAACCCCAGAGAAGUAGGAGUAUUAUUAGAGAACACAGAGUGUGUUUUUGCACCGUCUGUACCUAAAGCAAUAAUCCUAUUGUACGCUAGAGCAUGCUGCCUGAGUAUUACUAGUGGACGUAGGAUAUUUUACCUACCUAAGAAUUUCACUGUCUUUGAAAAAACAAAACCUACAGUAAUGCAUUUGAGCAUGCCCAGAACAUCCCCAGGACAGGAAAGAGGGAAAUGUCAGGUCUAAGAAUGAGGGGUUGAUUUAUCAGUGUAUGAGCCAAAAAAUGCAUCUUGGAACAGCUUAUCACAUUGUUACAUUUGCUUUUGUUUUCUCAUCUCUCUUGUAUCCCUACCCCCACUUUCCUAGUUCACUUUUUCCAUAUCUCUCUUGAUAUUCAAAACAACUCAAUUAAGAUUCAGUUUUCCUCCUUUUUGUAAUAUAUGUAUUUUUGUGAAUUAUACCUUGCUGUUUUAAAAAAUCAGUUAAGUUAAUAAGUUGAUGUUUUGUAAAACCCUUUUUCCUAGUGGUGUCACUUUUGAAUGCUUCAUAAAUCGAUGAUUCUGGAACUUAUGUUUCUUACUCUGUUUGCUUUGAAACAUAUGUGCUCUUAUGAAGUGGACUUCUGAAAAAUGAAUGUAAAAGACACUGGUGUAUCUCAGAAGGGGAUGGUGUUGUCACAAACUGUGGUUAACCCAAUCAAUCUAAAUGUUUACUAUAGACCAAAAGAGAUAUUAAAUUGUUUAAUGUUUAUACAGAGUAAUUAUAGGAAGUUCUUUUUUGUACAGUAUUUUUCAGAUAUAAAUACUGACAAUGUAUUUUGGAAGACGUAUAUUAUAUAUAGCAAAGAGAAAAGGAAAACUAUUUCAUGUUUUAAAAUUAUAUAGCAAAGAUAUAUAUUCACUGUUGUACAGAGAAGAAGCACUUGGGGGGUUUUGAAGUCUUUAAUAUUUUAAGCCUAUCACUGAUACAUCAGCAUGUUUUCUGCUUUAAAUUAAAAUUUUAUGACAGUAUCGAAGCUUAGUGUGACAAAUCCUCCUCUAAAAUCGUUAAGGGGCUUUCUUGUUUCCUAUUAGGUCUCCAAAAGAAGUCAGUCAACAACACCCAAAAGCACAAAAUGGAUGUUAGUCAAAUAUUUAUUGGAUGAUACAGUGUUUCUUAGGAAAAGCAUCUGCCACAAAAAUAUUUACUUCAAAAUUAUGAGUUCCUGGAAUGGAAUAUGACUGCAAGCACCCCAGACAAUUCUGUUCUCCUCUGUGGGCACGUGCGUCUUUUGCAGUAUAAGGUUGAUAUCGUUGUUAUGUGUGUGGUUUACAAUUUGGCCGAUGUUCUGACUUUAAAGAUGAUUGUUCUUUUGUUUCACUAAGUUGUGUAAUGUCAAGAGAUGCUGCUGUUACUGCAAAGAAACAUUUCGUGCUAGAUUAAAAUACCCUUUCAUCGAUGGUAUUUUCCAGUUUCCUGCCUCCAGAGUAUCUCAUUCUUUAAUGACGUGAUCUCGUCAAGCAAUGCUUCUCGGAGUAUCAUAGGCUUGGGAAACCUGACUAAUAGGCUAUUCCUGACUAAUAGGUAUCCCUUUUGUCCUGAGCUAUAGGGGACAGUAGGGAAUGGGGAGAGUAUUGAAAUUGAAAUACAUUGUUCAGGCAGAUAACUAAUAAAACCUUUGGCAAACUUAAGGAGAAUCGAGAAAGUGAUACUCAGAGACACAAGUGGACAUGGAGUUGACCUUUUUGUAGGAAAGAGACGAUUGCAGCAGUUAUUAAAUAUCAGCAGUCACUGAAACAGAGACAGGUGGUAUCUUUAAGUAGAGAAGUGUUGAAGGAUUGCAUCAUAGACCAUCCAAAUUCACUGAGGUGUAAAAAAAGUAGUUGAAAAAUUGUAUUUGAGCACUGGUCUUUCUUGGAAUUAGGUUGUUUGUACCAAAAGAGAACCACAAGUGUUGUCUGUGGAAGAAAUUAAAAGAUCAUAAUAAAAUGUAUUAUUUGGUAUGCCAGAAGAGGUUUCAAAACCUCUCCUUGUUUUAAAAAUGUUUAAACUUUGGAGUCUGUACAGGUGCAUUAUGUGUAGGCCAGUGUCACCACACACAACAUGAGAACUCAGUCCUGGAUUCACUGCCUUUUGUCCAAGGCAGUUAACCAGUAAAUAAGUCAGUUGUAAAUGGCAUGGGAAGCCAGGGCCUGAUUUGGAAUGACUUGGAUGGACCAGGGUCAAAUGAGUCCUGCAGACUAUUAAAAGAUUCCUGUUGUCAUUUGUCACCUUUCCAUCAAAAUCAUCUUUCAGAGAUGAAUUACUUGGCCAUCAAACCUGAAUCUAAAUCAUAUCAUGCCAACAUCAUUUAGACACAGUUUGGACUGAGUGGCCUAGGACUUUCUGACAAGGUCACUUCUUUGGACUAGACUUGCAAAGGGAGGCCAAAAUUGAUCAGCCUGUCCUGCUCAUGAAAACGGGGAAUGAGAGGACUGCACAUGAUCAGUUCCUUCUCUUGAGAAAGUGGCCACCUUUUGACCAUUCAAAACCCACAGAGGCAUGCCUGAUAAGCCUUUCAUCUUUAAAUAUGACAUCUGUGAAACCAUUCCUCAAAGCAAAAGGUCCAUUCGUUUGAGGAGUGCAGACGGGAUUUGGGUAUUGGGAGGGUAGGAAGCUACUAGAUAAUGGUGAGUUUCCUCUCAGUUUACCAGCUUUGUGAGGGAUUCCACACAAUCCUAAAUGUACAUGGAAAAGGUCUUGGGUUUGUUUUCAGAAGAAUCAAUUUUAAGUGGAGCCCCAGGGAACCCUACCACCCCAGGGUAAAAUGACAGCCAUUCUAUAAGAUGCAAAGUUACACUUUGCUUUUUCCAGUAGCUUGUCUAAUUUCCCCCUAAUGUUCCUUUAAGAAAACUCAAACAUUAUCAGUCGAUGAGAGUGAUCCCAAGGCAGGCUAGCUUGGCCUGCUCGCCUGUGUGAAGUACAGAGGCCAGGGUUUAACUGGGGUCAGCAAGCUGCCAAAGACUGGAGAGCAUGUGGCAGACACUGUCCGCUCUAUGUGUGCCAGCUUCCUGUUGAGGGCUCUGAGGUCCCCACUGGGGAGGCCAGGGUCUCCUCCAGGUUUUCCCUACAACUAAUAAUGUCAUUUUUCAAAUGAGCAAGGGCUUAUCCUAGAUCUUGCUCCACUGGAUUUGGCAACUAAAGUCAGUGCAUUUUGCAGAGUGCCAAGUGUGUGCAAGUAUUCAAGUCAUAAUAUCUUUCACUUUGGAGCGCCUUACCAAAUAUAACAGUAAUCCAUCAUUAUCCUUUUGGCAACACCACAAAGCUUGCAUCGUCUAAACAGGUACAAGUUCAUGUGAGGUCAGUUUAAUUGUACACCAUGGCAUGGGUGGUAUUUAUGUUGUUAAAUCCAAACCUUUAUUUGUCUGUUACUCUUUAUGUUUAAUAAACUUUGAAUUUUUCCCUUUC